AUGCGUUUCUCUAUCGCUCUAGUUGCGGCUUACGCUGCCUUCGUCCAGGCCGGUGUCUUCACCCAGCAGACAUACAACGACAUCUCUAUCUCCGGAGGUGUUGCCGGUAACGCACAAGAAGAAGCUCUCGCUGUCUUCAGCGCUCUUGACACAAACAACCUGGCCAACGCCGACAAGGAUGACAUCGCCUUCCUUAACUCAGUCAACAAGAUCUGCAACCAAGCUGAGAAGGAGGCAUUCAAUACCGCCAUCGACGAUGCCUCCGGUGAGGCUGCCGAUGCUCUCCAGCGCGGCAAGAUAAAGAACAAGGUUCUCAAGCUCCAGGCCACCAUCUUCCGCUUGAUGAUCGAGCAAGCCCAGGGAGAGGAUGUCUCCGCCGACAUGGCCAAGGAGCAGAAGAAGCUUGAUAACAACAUCAAGCAGGACGAGGACGAGGCUGGCAAUGCUUCAACCUUCCUGUCCUUCGAUGCCACCACCGCUUAA